UGUUGAGAUUACGCUCAGCGGAAAAUGUCCGACGCAAACGCGAAGCGCAGAGGCUUGACGUUGCAGUCGACGCAGACGGGUCGACUACAACGACACCGGAAGAAGAGGGUGCUGGCACGGGAACAACAUCUACCUUGGGCUAUAAGCGCGACGAGAACGCUGAGCUGCCUGCCACAGAAGAUGACGAGAACAAUACUAGUGCGACUACACCAGCUGCUUGGUCACAGUAUGUGGGUCUUUUCGAGGAAGCGCUCGAGAGUCUCGGAGACGACCGAAGUCUCUUUUGCAGCCGCGUCCCGAGUUGCGAGCCUGGUGCCUGUUUGAUGGAGCGUGGCGAGGAUUUUCUCCCACACGACACGGAUACGAAGCAUGGGUACGCUGCGGUUAGUGGAUUGGACAACGCAGUGGCUUCCGCCACAGACGAUGAAGAGAACGACGUGACAAGCGAUAGCCCUACUUCAUCCGGCGCGGAAGUUGCAGAGGCCCCAGGGGACCACGACAAACAACGCCCUGCGUCUUUGGUAAAUGAUGAUGAACCAGACUCGACUAGAACCUCCAGCUCCACGACCACCACGUACCUAGGUCCACAGCAGCGCGCGAAGAAUCUUUUGAAUCUCUGCACGACACGCAAGUCGGGAUCUAGAUCGGACCAGCGAUCCGCAGUGAACAGAUAUUUCGAAACGCUGACCCCGAUGGACAUCGUCGAGAAGCUUGGCGCCCUGGCCAAUUUGAAAACACACGGCGGAUACAACGGAUACUCCCUUGAAUAUUAUCACCGGAAAAUUACGCAGCACCAGAGCCAGUAUUGCGAGUGCGACUAGGACGGCCGAUUAGCUCCUUUUUCUUUUGCAUUGAUUUGCUUCGGUAAAACCUUCCCUCAGCCUGCAGCUCCAGGAGUGCUUUUGUUCGGCUCUCGACCGACUAAGAAUCGUCCAUGUAUUGAUGCAUCUCUUCGUAGAAGUUAGUCCGUUGCUUGUUUAUUUUUCCGUCUAAGUAAACAUGUUAUGGCCGUUGUUCCGCGUUCUGAACCAGAAGUACUUUCGAAGAUUUCCGGAUCGGAUAUGGGAAACGCGCGGGUACGAGACUUUUCUCGUGCACGGAUCCGACCGGUAUCCAAAGGGUGUGGUGCGGUUCGGCAUACCAGAUGUGUUCCAGCUUUCUUCUCCAACGGAACAGCAUCUCCAGCGCGUGGACGACCAGGACCACCCCAGCAGCGUCGUCGCAGAAAGUUCUUCUUCGACCGCCGCGCGACCAGAGGAUAGUGAGCGACCACCUGCAACAAAAGCACAGAAUAAGAAUUUCACCGCGGUAACGGUGACGGAGGUGACUAACUUUCUGUCCACCAUGAUCCGCGAAAAGGUGAUCCGCAUUCCGGAUCGGGACGCGAGCAACAUCUGGUUUCGCCGGGGCAACCCGAGUAACGACCUGAUCGCGUCCCGCACGGGGCGGCCGAUCGAGGAUUUUCCGUUCGUGUCGAACCUGAGCGGGAUCAUUCAAGACGAGGACAGUGUGGAGUUUUACCACCGCCAGACCUGGCGGAAAGCCUUCGCGGAAGAGGUGGAUCGGGAGAAGGAACGACUGGGCGCAACUGGUGAUCAUGGUGUUCUUCGUAGUGAAGGAGAGGAUCUUCAAGGACGUGAUCAGGUGAACGAACUACAAGCGCCCGACGAUCUUCAGAGCAGUACACCGUCAAUAUCCUCCUCGAGCCGUUUUGCUGUUGAACACGAGCAAGAUGACAAGCUCCCUUUCGACCCCUACCACGUUUUCCCGGUGAAUCCCGUGAAGGAGUUUAGCAACACGAUCGUGGUCAUGGCCUCAGAGUGGCAGAACAUCAGUCACUUCACGCGGAUGGUGAUCUGGUUCUUCGAGCUCUUCACCAGUGACUGGUUUUUGACCUGGAUCGAGCGGGAAAACCUGCAGCCCUUUAUCCUCCCAACGAAAUUUCUGCAGGACUUUCACUCGCUGUUGCCGCACAACAAGUUCCUGCUGGACGUUUUGUUCAAGCACUUGCGCGAGAAAUUCGCCCACAUUUGGAGCGCGGUCGAGUUCUGCAUGUACCUGGAUCCGCCCUACUUCAUGGAUUACCACGGGCCUCUGGACAGGGAAUUCAUCAAAACAAGCAUCACCGGGAGACACUGCAUCGAUUGGAAGUACGACCCGCUACCGAAAACAUCUUCGAACACCGACGUUAACGGCGAUGAAGUAGAGAGUAGGAGUGAAGAUGUUGAUAGUUCCAUGAGCAAGUUUGACGCGUCGAAGCAAAACGUUCCCAUGUAUGAUACGGAACGGCAGCACCAGUUUUUGCUUUAUGGCUACGAUUACGCGGUGCCGAAAGAAGAAAUGGAACACGACGGAGGCAGCGCCGAGCACACCGAUGGCACAUCACCUUACGGAAUAGACGCUGAGGACGCGGACGACGAUCAUGGUUCAACAUCUUUGCUCACCACGCCACACGAGACGGCGCAAAAGCCUCAUCAUAGCCUUUCAGCCAACGAGGUUGCACAGAGUGAUGCAGCGGCUGUUGAAGCAACAUUCGAGACAGCGCCUGAGCAGAAUGCUGCUGACGCUUUCCGAGAUAGUAGCCUAGGCGAAGUCAUGCUCGACGACGAGGAGCGAGCCUUUUACGCGGGUGCUGAUCCGCCCCACCUGCUCUCUAUGUCGACUACGAGUGGCACGAGGGAACCACCACGCCAGAGACCAGGUUCUUCACCUAUAGAACCAUCAAAUAACGGGGGAACAACUUUUCGAAAGAGAAAGCGGAAGAGAUUGAAAUUUCUUUCAGCCGCGGUUACCACAAUCCAGGAGGUUGGAUAUCCGAGUUUCGUCGUGCAGCGCGCCCACGACGGUAUCAGCACCCCAGAAGCACUGGCACGAUUCCGGGAGCUGGUCUGGGCGGAAUGCGGAAUCAUAAACCAGGACAGCCACCACGUGCAAGAUCCAACGAGCAAAAGAGAACUACAACCGGAUAGUACUAGAAGAUCCGCACCAGACCAGAAUCUUGAAAAGGGAAUGCCGCGAAGAACGUCAAGCAGCAAGCUUCUGGUCUUGUUUAUGGAAAAAGAUGGCAACAACCGGCAGAUCACGAACCUGCAGGAGAUUUUGCAGAGAUUCCAGCUGCAAUACAAAGAAUUUCGCACGCAAAUCGAGUUUCAGCGCGUGAAGAUGACCUCGAAGACGCCCUGCGAGCAGAUGCGGUUGAUGCACCGGGCCUUCAUCGUGAUUGCCAUGCACGGAGCCGACAUCGUGAACACCAUUUUCAUGCGACCGGGCAACAAAAGUUACAUGAUCGAAAUCAGUCUCGGCGAAGGGGCCGCGGUCGCCGCCACCGGUGCGGAGAAGGACGAAGUGGGAGAGCAGAAACGUGGUAGUUUACGAAAUGUAGAGCCUGAAGAUCGUGCAGACAUAAAUUCAGUGGAAAAGCAGGAAAAGAAAUCACAGGAUCACUGGCGGUGCGACGCGUUGAAGGGCAUGAUGUGGCAAGAGAUGGAACCUUGGGUGUUCCGCACCGCAGAUAGCAGCAUAUCCCUUUCCUGGGACCGGACGCAGAUAUUCCCUGGAACUCAAGCAGUCCCAUCCAAUUUGUCAUGCAGGACAUGGUCGUGCGCGCGCGCGCGCGAGUGAAGUGGGAGCCGACUUUUGUCAUGCAAAAUGUGGUUGGGGAUGAACGAUUUUCAGCGAAUAGCAGAACUCCUAUGCCCACCACGAGGUUCUGCGGCGUCGCCGGCUGUACCCCGACCGGUACAAGGAAAUCCAUUGCAAAAGGCUUGGAAAUGACACCAUCGCCACGUACUACUCGGCGGGUGAUGAAAAAAAUCUCGAUCCAUAUCUUGCUACGGGUAGAGCGGAAGGAAGUCAAGAAACUGGUGUUCCGAUCAGCACAACAAGAGCUGCCGCACAACGCCAGGUGCCAACAACAAGUCCGACAUCGUCAAGCCCGCACUACGAUCGGUUGCCGAGCCGUCGGAGCAUGGGGUACUACUCAGACUUCUUGCGGAAAGCGGGGGUCACGUACGACAAUCUGCAAAUCGGGGUUCCCGACCUGCCGUUGGACAACCCCUACGACGACUUUGGCGAGGAGCGAUUCCGUGGCGUCCAUCUGACGGAAGAGUUUUCCAAGCGCCUGGCGCUCGGAAGGGAUAGAAAUUUGACUGUGCCGUAUUCAGUUCUGGAGUCUCUGGUCCGCCCAAAAAUCCAGUAUGGACUGAAGCAUUUCGUUGUCUAACUGCAAGUGAAAGAACAAGAAACUCCUCGCUCAUCUCCCAUAACUCCCCUCUGCGAGGAAGCUGCUAAGACCAGAAGGAGCUGGCACGACUUCACACAGGUCUUCUAUUUCGAAAAGAGGUGGAGGUGCCAGCACAGAAUCAGCAGCAGAUCCUGAUUGUGUAACAGCUACAGCCACCCAGACUAAAGAACAUCAUUGAGGAUCAUCUUCGAGGAAAGAGCGGUUGGUAGAACACAGGUGCCUUUACCUGAUAGAUUGACGCUCGUAUCUUUCUUGGCCUACAGAUCUGAAAUCGGGCACUUUCAAACAUUGAUUCGCCACAUAAUCCGCAU